AUGAUAUCUAUCUAUGUUCGUCAAUAUAUCUUUCAGCCAAUUAUAGCUUUCUCUAUCUAUCUAUCUAUCUAUCUAUCUAUCUAUCUAUCUAUCUAUCUACUAUCUCAUUAUGUAUGUAUGCAUGUAUGUAUGUAUGUAUCUAUAUCUAUGCGGGUUCGUUAUCUAUCUAUCUAUCUAUCUAUCUAUCUGCUGGCUCAUUAUGUAUGUAUCUAUGUAUGUAUGUAUAUCUAUGCGGGUUCGUUAUCUAUCUAUCUAUUUAUCUAUCUAUCUGCUGGCUUAUGUAUGUAUGUAUGUAUGUAUGUAUGUAUCUAUCUAUCUAUCUAUCUAUGCCGGUUCAUUAUCUAUCUAUCUAUCUAUCUAUCUAUCUAUCUAUCUACCUAUCUAUCUAUCUGUGAGCUGGAUGAUGCCAUUGGGUACAGAUUUUCGUUACAAUUACAAUUUACUAGGAAUCAUUUUUUUUCUUCGACGACAACUUCAUGUGAAUUUACUGCUCACGGAUUUUUCUCUUUGCUAGCUACAAUUGAGUCUUUUUCAAUUCCCCGAGGCACGACUAGUUUUGUUCUGACGGAUAUUAAUCGUGUUUUCAAUGUUUCUUCAAACGUACCGGUGGGGAAAGUGAGAAAGACAAAGAAUUCGAUCGAAAUUCGGAAAAAAGUAUCUAUCUAUCUAUCUAUCUAUCUAUCUAUCUAUCUAUCUAUCUAUCUCAGGCGCUUCAUAUCUAUCUAG